UAACUCUAAUGUUGCUACAAGUCCGCUCUUUGCUUGCUUUUUGGUGCUACCGGUGGUACACAUCCAUCUUCGCAGCUUCGAGUUAUGCAUAGCUCUAGCUAGCUAGAAGACAACUCUCUUCCACUCUGGCCCUCAUCAUGCUAUCCACAGCUCGUCUUCACCCAAUCUUGACAAGGAAUCUGCUAGCUGGGUCCCAUCGGCCUGGAAUUUCUUGUUUGGUUCGACGUCAUCAUCCCAAACAUUCUAGCGGUAUCCAUGGAAGGCCGCGCUUCUUCUCUGGAUCCAAUAAUGGAAGUACUAGCAACAGCGGCAGCAGCAGCCGUGUGGUGCAAGAAAAGUCGUUUCUACAGCGGUUCCUAGCCCCCAAGGAAAUGCCAGAACGAGGGACGUUUGCGUGGUACCGUGAAAUGGUGCUCAUCUGCACCGUGUUUGCGAUUACGGGGACUUCCACCAUGAUGCUGGUCCGACCGGCCGUCAAGAAUGUGCUGGGAUUGCAGGGGAGUUUCAAAGAGGGUCCCUGGUCCUAUCGGAUAUGCACCAUUGUCAUCAUGUCACCUCUCUACUCCAUACUGCUCGUCAUGGUAGGCACCGUCUUUGGUAGACAUGCCUAUUUCAGGUUCUUCUCGGUCAAAAUGCUCAGUCGAUUUGGAAUCCCCACCGAGCUCAUGGAUAAGAAUUUUGAAGCUACGAAAAAGACCUUUAAAAAGUGGUAAAAAUGUAAUCUUGUGCAAAAACUCUACAAUAAUACUGGUAAUGUAACGACAAGACAAACAGACAGGUCUGCAAUCAACAGAAAACCACAAUCAAUCCGCUCGUAGCAAACCUUGAAUGAGAACAAGUGAUGAAGAAUGGAACCAUAGUCGCAGCUCAUUAAUCGUUAAUCUGACCGAAUCAACAGUGGCAAAUUCGUUUCCUUGGACUGACGCGGUGGUCUCAAUCUUUCGGGGCGCAGAAAGUUUGGUUUGCUUCUAAUACUAUGUAAUCUUAUCAUUCAACAAAAAUCUUUCUAACUAUGGCAUUUUGCCUCACCUAC